CGUUUGUUUCCAUCUUCUCCCGCACGCUUUUCCCAAACCAAAACCCCGCAAAAUUUUCAAAAUUCACCCGCUCCUAUUUUCACUCACAAAAUCUCUAUUUAAACCCUUUCACUCUUCACUCAUUUUAACACCUAAACCUAAACCCUAAACAACACCAACAACCAAAAUCACUUUCUCCAAAUAAUCACUUUUCCCCAAUUUUCCUAAUUCACCAAACAUGCCUGCAUUUCCCGAUGAACCACUUCUCGCCCCAAACCCUGACCGUUUCUGUAUGUUCCCAAUUCAAUACCCUAAAAUCUGGGAAAUGUACAAAAAAGCCGAAGCUUCAUUCUGGACCGCCGAAGAAGUCGAUCUCUCGCAAGAUCUUCCACACUGGCACAACCUAACCGACGGCGAACGUCACUUCAUCUCACACGUUCUCGCCUUCUUCGCCGCCUCCGACGGUAUCGUCUUGGAGAAUCUUGCCGGAAGAUUCAUGAAAGAAGUCCAAGUCUCCGAAGCACGUGCUUUCUACGGUUUCCAGAUCGCGAUCGAAAAUAUUCAUUCUGAGAUGUAUAGUCUCUUGAUUGAAACUUAUAUCAAUGAUUCUAUUGAGAAGAAUCGUUUGUUUCAUGCAAUUGAGACGAUUCCGUGUAUCGCGAAGAAAGCUGAUUGGGCUAUGAAAUGGAUCGAUUCAUCUGAUUCAUUUGCUGAAAGAAUCGUUGCUUUUGCCUGUGUUGAAGGUAUAUUUUUUUCUGGAAGUUUUUGUGCAAUUUUCUGGCUUAAAAAACGUGGUUUAAUGCCUGGUUUAACUUUUUCAAACGAGCUUAUUUCACGUGACGAAGGUCUUCAUUGUGAUUUCGCUUGUUUACUUUAUUCGCUUUUGAGAAAGAAACUUAGUGAAGAGCGUGUGAAAACUAUUGUCCGUGAUGCGGUUGAGAUUGAGAGAGAAUUUGUUUGUGAAGCGCUUCCUUGUGCUUUGGUUGGAAUGAACGGUGAAUUGAUGAGUCAGUAUAUUGAGUUUGUUGCUGAUAGGUUAUUGGGUGAGCUUGGUUGUGGGAAAAUUUAUAAUGUUCAGAAUCCUUUUGAUUGGAUGGAAUUGAUUUCGCUUCAGGGGAAAACUAACUUUUUUGAGAAGCGCGUUGGGGAGUAUCAGAAAGCUUCUGUUAUGAAUAGCUUAACUGCAAAUGGUGGUGCUCAUGUUUUCAAGUUGGAUGAAGAUUUUUAGAUCAAGAAAUUAGGGUUUAUCUAUUUACUAAUAUUUUAAUUUCAUUGUCUUGUUUAAUUUAAUUAAUAAUUUUAGGGUUGUGUUGAUCUGUUUCUUGAACCAUUUUAAAUGGUUGAGUUGUUUCUUAGUUUUAUUUUUCUAGUUUUUUAUGAUGAUCAUUGUAUAAACGCAGUUUACAAAUAUUAAUGAAUCUUCUUUCUUCUGUCAA